AUAUGAUACAGGCUCCGAGUUCACUCCCAUGAGACAAGUGAAGGCUGAAGAAUCGCAACGUCGUGAGCUAAGCAAAAGUAAGCAGUGACGUAUUUCGUCACGUGAGGCUAAGCUCCCGUCGUUGAUCCAUACCACCAAACCCCUUACAGUUAGCUCAGUUGCACUGAUGAUCCCUGUCGGCCCGCUCCCCAGGUGGAUCCUCAAUCAGCUCCCGUACCCAGCCGCUCAUCCAUGCCUGCUCUCACAAACAACCACUUCACUCAUCGCGACCGCUUCAAUCAUUCACAUUAUCUCAAUUAGUCAGGGCUGGACUUGUUCAGCAACCCAUACACAAAUAUCACACAUGAGGUAGCACACCCAACAAACACAAUGUCAGGCCUGGAGACGACAACAGGGGGCGGUGGCACCGCGGGGGUGACAGAUGGCUCAUCAGGGGGAGGGGGAAUUCCAAAAACACAAACUCAGCUCAAAAAAGUCAAGAAGCAAAAGGUCCUCCUCAUGGGCAAAAGCGGCUCCGGAAAAUCCAGUAUGAGAAGCAUCAUCUUCUCCAAUUACCUCGCCCGCGAUACCCGCCGAUUAGGUGCAACAAUAGACAUCGACCUCUCCCACGUCAAAUUCCUCGGCAACCUCACCCUCAACCUCUGGGACUGCGGCGGACAAGAAGCCUUUAUGGAAAACUACCUUUCCCAGCAGCGCGCCCACGUCUUCUCCAACGUCGGCGUCCUCAUCUACAUCUUCGACAUUGAAUCCCGAGACGUAGAGCGCGACCUCGCAACCUACGUCAACAUCAUCUCGGCACUGGUCCAAUACUCCCGCGAAGCCCAAAUCUUUGUCCUAAUCCACAAAAUGGACCUCAUCCCCCCCCAAAUGAGAGAAGAAGUCUUCGUCCAACGAGCCGCCCUCGUCCGGAAAAAAACCUCGGAGGCAGUCGCGAUAAUCAGAAAAGGCUCCCUCGCCCAACACUCCCCCUCCCCAACCGCCCUCACCCCUACCCACCCAGCCGACGACCUCGAGCCAGAAAUGCAGCUCUUUGCAACCUCCAUCUGGGACCAGUCCCUCUACAAGGCCUGGGCGUCUAUCAUCCACGACCUCGUCCCGAACCUGGCCGUCAUUGAAGCCCAGCUCGCCUCCCUCGGCGUCGCCAUCGAAGCCGACGAGAUCCUCCUGUUCGAGCGGACUUCGUUUCUUGUCGUGUCAAAGUGGGCCUCCCACGAGGGGGAUAAGAACCCCUACGGCGACCGCUUCGAGCGCAUGUCGAAUAUCCUCAAGUCGUGGAAGCACACCUGCAGCAAGUUCACGGGCACGCCGCGCAACGCCGAGCAGUUCUCCGAGUUUGAGUACAAGAUGGGGAGCCACUUUAGCAUGUUUGUCACCAAGUUUACCGCCAACACGUACAUCUUGGUGUGUAUGCCGCCGGGGGAGGCGAGGUUCAACAGCGCAAAGUUGAAUGUGACGGCAGCAAGGUCGUGGUUCAGGUUUUUGGAUGGGCCAGGCCCGGGGGCGGCUGCUCCCGCUGCUGCUGUUCCCGCUGCUGCUGUUACGGGCGGGGGGCCGGUACAGCAGAGUCCGUAUAGGGCUGUUGCGGGGAGUUAUUACCCAGGAGCGUGA